AUGGUGCCAAGCGUGCCCAUGGAAGGGCAGGGCAAUCACACAUCUGGUUUCAUGUUUGUUUUCCUGGGAAUCUCAGAUGACAGAAACCUGCAGCUUAUUCUCUUUCCAGUCUUCUUAGGGACCUAUCUUGUGACCCUCAUUUCAAACCUGACUCUUAUUACCCUCAUCAGGAUGGACUCCCACUUGCAUACACCUAUGUAUUUUUUUCUGAGUGUCCUUUCAUUUAUAGAUGUUUGUUAUUCUACUUCCAUCAGUCCGAGGAUGCUUGCAGAUUUCUUGAGAGAUCAAAAAUCAAUUUCUCUUAUUGCCUGUGCCAUCCAGUAUUUUGUGGCAUCCUGGAUGGCUCAGACUGAGUGCUUCCUCCUGGCCGCCAUGGCCUAUGACAGAUACGUGGCCAUUGGUAACCCCCUGCAGUACUCAACCAUCAUGGCACCUGGGCUCUGUCAGAUGAUGGUUGCUGGGGCUCUUGGAACUGGUCUCCUCUGUGGCUUAGUUGAAACUAUUCCUGCCUUUAAUCUAGACUACUGUGGGCCCAACUUAAUUCAACAUUUCUUUUGUAAUGUUCCUGAGAUUGUUGUCUUAGCUUGCUCCAAUCCCUUCAUCAGCCAAAUGACUCUUUUUCUUGCAGCGACACUUGUUGGGUUUGGUUCUUUGCUAAUCAUCCUGCUAUCCUAUGGUUACAUUGCAGCUUCCAUUCUGAAAAUAUCUUCCGUCAAAGGUAGUCUCAAGGCCUUCAACACCUGUGCCUCCCACCUGGCAGUUGUCACUAUCUUCUAUGGCACAGCCCUGGCUGUGUAUGGGAAUCCUACUUCUAGCCACUCUGAUAAUCAGAACAAGAUACUGUCAGUGUUCUACGUUCUUAUUAUCCCCAUGUUGAACCCUCUGAUCUAUAGUUUAAGGAAUAAGGAUAUCAAGGCUGCAUUAAGGAGGGGGAUAAAAAAGGUAAAAGUUUAUAGUGAUGUUAUUUCUGGUUGUACUUUCCCUGGACUUUAUACAGAAACCCAAAACCGCGCGGCCGCUGCCGCGGCCGCGCGACUUAAUGUCAUCUUAGUAUGAGCAAUAUGUAAUGGUUCCUUUCUAAUGGGGCGGACUUUUGUGGGAGAUCCUAAUAGUAAGUCUGUUGCUGAAAUAUUGAAGGCAAUCAAAGUGGUAGCCAUCUCACUAGACUGAACUAAGCUAUAUCCCCACGCCGGCUGAGAAGAAAUUUUCUUCUUUCUCGGGAAGAAACGCGGUGUGUCAUCAACUACAGUGUGAUGCCCAUUAAGCAAACAGACCUGGUGGCGUGGGAAUGGGAUAUAAGGGGAAAAAUUAUGUACAAGGAACAGCGGGACGCUGGUGGAAUCUCGAGCCGGAGCCGACACCAGCGCAAGACCGUCGGUUCCAGAGACUGCUUGCAGAUACUCUACAAGUCUAUCAACUAAGCCAGAGCCCCACGCCUGCUGAUGACGGGAAAUAACCAUCCUUUUCGGUUUUUUUUUCCCUUGUCAGGCAGCGUGGCGAUUACUAAAACAGGCGUGAACUCGGUGGCGCGGGGCAAGGGGGAAAAAGAAAAACUAUGUAACAAACAGCGGGACUUAAUAUCUCUAUAUUCUUAGCAAUGGAGAACUAUCAAAUGCCUCCUUGGCAAUAGGACUGCUUUUCUUUUUUGGGGGAAACCCCAACAACGGUAGUGAGUUGUAUGUUGAAACAUGGAAUGUAAUCGAAAUAAGGCGUAAACGAAGUGAAACAUAUCAUGUGCAAGGGUUG